AUGCACGUGGUUAUGCUCGCUAAUGAGGCAGGAACAGGCGAGUGUGGCGACUACGUGCUGGUGCAGGGGGCAGCAAACUUGUUGGUGGUCGUGCUGGAUCUGACGAAGCCGAUGACCGCGCCGUUGUUGGGAAUGGAUUCGACGAAGAGUGUGUAUUGGCGUCCGCCACUCCUUGCCGUUACAAAGCAAUCAGAUGUUGAUGAGGCGAGUGUGGUGCUACGCAAUACGAUCUUGAACGUGUGCUCGUCGCCAGAAGAGAUGGCAAAGUACGCCAUGGGUUUUCAGGAAGAUCUCGAGGCGCUGCAGAGCUUAAACCAGAAAGGGGUGAGGACAGCGGCUUUGGGUGGGUCCUCAGCUUCCACUCUUGUUGAUCAGAGCGGGCCUCGUCGAAAUAAGCUGCGCAUUUGCUGUAACGAUGCGCGGCCAAAUACGCUGUAG